GCUUAGCAAGUACGGUCCGUUGGAUGCAGCCGGAGACAAAUAUGUGAGUACUGAAGAGAGGAUCCAAACGUUCUGAUUCUGUUGCUAAGAGAGAAAACAAGAAAACGAGAAUAAGAUUAAGACCUAUGCAAUGCAUAUGCAUGCUUGUAGUUGUAGUGGUAGAAACCAAAAUCCAGCACCCUCUGUUCCACGUGGCACUACCCCAAAGGCCAAAAGGCCAAAAGCCCAAAACCUUCCUCUCCCUCCACUCUCUUAAUUUUCAUUUUUCCACCACCCUUCUACUAUUUCUACUUGUCAUUUAUGAAAUAGUACACUACACAAUACAAUACUUGCGCAUUGUAGUUAAGGGAUGCGAAGGACAAUGGCUUUCGCUCGCUACCCCGUUGUAGCUUCCAAUUUAGCAAAAUGUGAUAAAAUGGUUACAAAUAAAUCAAUGCAAUUCUGAACCUGCAUUGCAAUACAAUUGCGCUUCCACUUUCCGCCUCCCUCCACCGCUCGCUUAUUUAAGUAGCAACAUGCAGAAUCUUAACCGAUUCGUUUCACUUUCUCUCCCGCCUCUUUCCUCUUCUCGCGCUCCCUUCGCUUCUCGAACCUUCUCCUUCGCCGCACCGUUUCGCUCUGCGUCCGCAGGAGCCACUCAGUUGCUUGCUCAAUUCUCAAUGGAUGGGAUCCAUGGAAUUGGUGCACAUGACCAUAGCUCAGUCAAUUUUCCUGGCAAUGAUAGUAGCAAAUCUUCUGAUUUUGAACCUAAAACUGCUAUAGGCAAGCAGAUAUUCUGUAACCGGCCACUGAACAUGAAAAACAUUGUUGCUGUGGGAUUUGACAUGGAUUAUACUUUGGCACAAUACAUUCCUGAAACUUUUGAAUCUCUUGCUUAUCAACACACGGUUGAAAUGCUGGUUUAUGAUUUGCAUUACCCUAGUGAGUUAUUGAGUUGGUCAUUUGACUCGAAUUACAUGGUUAGGGGCUUGGUUCUUGAUAAAAAGAGAGGCAACAUAUUGAAGAUGGAUCGGCACAAGUAUGUGAAAGUAGCCUAUCAUGGAUUUAAAGAGUUGUCAAAAGAAGAUAAAGUUGGAACAUAUGCAAAUACUUUAGUACAUGAUUCUUUUGAUGGGCCAGACUAUGCUCUCAUUGAUACACUCUUUUCACUGGCGGAAGCCUACUUAUUUGCUCAGCUGGUUGAUUUUAAGGACAGCAAUCCUGGAAAGUUUCCAGAGCAUGUUGAUUAUGCUUGUCUGUACAAAGAUGUUAGAGCUGCAGUAGAUAUGUGCCACCGAGAUGGAACAUUGAAGAAACAGGUUGCCAUAGAUCCCAAAAGGUAUAUAAAUGAAGACACCUCAAUAAUUCCCAUGCUUAAAAUGCUCAGAGAAUCUGGACGAGCAACAUUUUUGGUGACAAACAGUUUAUGGGACUAUACAAACGUGGUUAUGAAUUUCCUCUGUGGAUCCAGUGAGGCAAAUGAAAAUGCUCAGUUUGAUUGGCUUAAAUACUUUGAUGUCGUCAUCACUGGCAGUUCAAAGCCAAGCUUUUUUCUUGAGGGAAAUCCUGCCAACCUGUUUGAGGUUGACCCUGAGAGUGGAAUGCUACAUAAUACAGAUAAUGGCUCUCCAAUGGCUCAGGUGGGUAAUAUCUCAGAAAGGGUACUAAAGGAAGAGAAUAUUUGUGGUCGAAAAAUUUUCCAGGGAGGUAGCGUUGGUCACCUACAUAGUCUACUCGCAAUAGAAUCAAGUUCACAGGUUCUAUAUGUUGGGGAUCACAUUUAUGGAGAUAUUCUACGCAGCAAAAAAGUUCUUGGUUGGAGAACAAUGUUGGUAGUCCCAGAGCUCGAGAAGGAGGUUAAACUACUUUGGGAAUUGAGAGAUGACCGCAAGGAGCUUCAAUUUCUGAGGAGUAUGCGUGACCUCGUUGAGGAUGAAAUGCAUUAUCUGAAUGAGUCUCUCAGAUUAAAGAAUCCAGAUGAGGAUACCAAGAAGAUGUUAAAUUUGAAACUUGAUAAAUUGAAGCUUGAAAGAGAGAGGGUUCGAUUAAGUCAUCAAGAAGCUCAAAAAGAAUUACACCAGAAGUUUCACGAGCCAUGGGGCCAGCUGAUGAAGGCUGGUUAUCAGAACUCUCGCUUUGCAUAUCAGGUUGAGCGAUUUGCGUGCCUUUAUACUAGCCAAGUAUCUAACUUGGCAUUGUUCUCAUCAGACAAGUACUACAGACCCAGUGAAGAUUUUAUGCAGCACGAAUUUGGCAUUUUAGAAAGCUGAACUCUGCUACUGUGAGCUUUAUCCUGCAUCCCUUUCCCUUUUUUUUUUUUUGGGAUAUUAGCUUUUUGAGGUUUUUAACACGCCUGUUGUAAGGGGAAGAAUAGAUGCUUACUGGAUUUCGUUGUUAGUUUUGUUGAGUACCUUAAGGAAUUCAGUAGCUCUACGCCGCAGUUGCGCAAACUGAGUUUACUUGGCUUUGGAGCUGAAUUCAUGUUAGUGACGGGAAGUGAAACAAGAUACUACUUAGAAUUUA